CCUGAUUCUCAUCAGCGCCUUCGAGGCGAUAUCUCUAUCGAUCUGCGCGAGGUACAGUGGACCUGCAGGCGGAUUGUCGAAACAGACAUGCCACUGGCCCCAGUCAACGACGACGGAACGCAGUUGCACUACGAGGAUACGGGAGUCCCUCCCGGCUGUCCUGGAUAUAUAACGCUGGUAUUGAUACACGGUGCCAUCUUCAACGGCGCAACCUUUAAACUCAUGUUUCCACAAGCGGUCGAACAUGGCAUGCGCCUUGUCGCUGUGAACAUGCGCGAUUAUCGUGGUUCAACCCCAUACACUGACACCGACAUUGAGGCUCUUGGCAGCGAUGAUCCAGAGCGGCAACAGUCAAUGAUUCGCGCUCGUGGAUUGGAGAUCGCAUCGUUCCUAGUCUGGUUCGUUCGGAAGGAGAAUAUCCCUGCAUAUGCAGCCGAUAGUGGUACAGGAGGCCUAUCACUGCUUGGGUGGUCUUGGGGAAAUGUCGUGACUAUGGCUUUCAUGGCGCAAGCUUCCGAGCUCUCGAAGGAUACUCGAUGUCUACUAGACGUGUACAUGAGGUCUCUGAUCAUCCUCGACAGCGCUCGUCAAGGCCUCGGCGUACCAGCAGCCGUCAUGGAAGGACUCGACAGCACAGGUAGUGACACCGACAUACCACCCGAGCCUGAUGAACGCUGGCUCUCCUGGACUGUACACUACGCUCACUCAAAGCCAGUCCUUGACGCGUUCCCUUCCGUUCUCAUCGAGGACCUCCGCACGGGUGUUGCACAUUCUCCCGUUGCAGCGCCACUUCCUGAACACACGUCAUCCAAGAACCGCAUGAAACGGGACCUUGACGACAUCACUGAUCCAAGCGUGUUUGACCGCGCCCAACGACUGUACAACGAUGUGGAUGCAGUGCUUUACGGUGAUAACGUACGCCUUGCUCUGAUGAGUGCGUCGACGUGGCCACGUCUCCGAGUAAACCUCAUAUGGUGCGAUGCAUCUGUACCGGAGACGGUAUUCUCCUCCUGGUACCUGGCGAAUCGGGUAGAAAAGGACUGGCCAAAGAACGCCAGGAGCGUUAAGGUCGUGCGCUUUGAGAACGCAAACCAUUUUCCCCACUGGUACCAACCAGGGCGAACCAUGGAGCUCUUGGCGAACAUCGCUUGAGGAAAACGUCGGUCACUCACCUGUGCGAAGGAGUCGCGUAAACCCGGUCUGAGCCAUGAUUACGCAGUACCCGUGCCGAUACUAAUGGGGCUUCUUACAGGGUCCCACCGUUCACAGACGCUUUACACACGAUUGCCUCCAGGGAAGGAGGUUCGUGAGAGACACCCAGAGAGACGAGCGUGAUAACACUUCAAUCGUUGCCAAUUUCUGCCCUACUUGCUCGG